AUGGGCGUCUCAGAGCUUGUUGAUUCUAUCAAUCUUGCCACUAGUAGAUCUAGUGAGUUGAAUGAUGAAGAUCGAGUAAAGCUUCUUAGCGCGUGUGAAAAACUACAAUCAAGCCUAGAGGGUCCCCGGGACAAGUUGAUGAAGAUGAUAUUCUGUAAGCACUUAGUCUUGCAGUCGACAUGGAGAUUUUCGACAGCAGCAGCCUUGUCUGCGGCUGGAAAAGAAAUUCGAGCAGAAGAUCUUGCUUUGCCAAAAGAUGCCAAUCCGUUGCUUAUUGGUAAGUCCUUGCUUGAAGAUAAUAAGGAUCGUAAGGAAAUGACUAUUCCUUCAGCAAUCAUCAUGAGACUAUUGGUGGGAAUGGGUUACUUCACUGAAAUAGCCAGACAAAUCUACAAACCCACACCACUAGCUAGCGCUCUCGUCACCACGACCCAAAAUGAAGUUGUAGCCGCUCUCCUAACAUACUUUGCUCAAAAAGGCUAUCAGAGCCCUAACGAUGCAUACGAUGGUCCAUUUCAGUUUGCUCGACAAACAGACCUUCGUUGUUUUGACUGGAUGGCUACUCAACCACGUAUUCAACAUGCUUUCAACACCGUGAUGACCAUCCCACGCACAACUGGUCGUGCAGCAUGGUAUGAGUAUUUUCCCGUUGCGGAAAAGCUCAAGGUAGAAACGCCUUCAGAUCGACUUAUAGUUGAUAUUGGAGGAGGUAUUGGGCAUGAUUCAGUUCGUUUCAAAGAAGUACAUCCAAAACUUCAAGGUAAACUUAUUAUAGAAGAUAUCCCGGUAGUGGUUUCUAGUGUCGCACAAGGCUCCCUUCCUGACGGCAUUGAAGCUCAAUCAUAUGACUUCUUCAAACCACAACCUAUCUGCAAUGCAAAAGCUUAUUUUCUGGCUGAUGUCUUGCACGAUUGGCCUGAUACGCAAGCCUCGGUUAUUCUCGAGCAAUUUAAGGAUGCGAUAGGUAAAGAAAGUGUGUUAUUGAUCAAUGAAAAUUUGAUGCAAGAAGAGAAUGCAUCAUUCGAGAGUGCCUAUACAGAUUAG